UUAGAGUCGAUAAGAAGGCGCCAAUUCUGGUUUUCCUAGUCCACUCAAUUUCAUACUUACAAUCUUCUUCCCCCAUUCAUAUCAUAUGCAAACCAUUGAUUCACAGACAUACACACUCAAACAAUAUGCAAUCUCACCCACACACUUUCAGCUGUUCUACUUCUCAUCUCACCAAACAUUACCUCAACAAUGGCGCUCCUCUCAAAACCCUAGCUUCUCUCAGGAAACCCCUUUCUGGUACCGGAGUUAUUAUCCGACGGUUUCCUUCGGGUUUGAAGCAAAUCAAUCGACGAGGUGCCAUAAACUCAGCUACAGAACCACAGAAUUCAAGCAACAGUGCAGAAAAAACAAGAAAAGUUGUAGAACACAUAUGUUUACUAAAAGCAAAGGUGGAUUUAUCUGAUAAAGAUGAAAAGGACAUGCUUGAUUUUCUCUAUACAUGUCAAUACCAAAUGCGUGGCAUUCUUGCAAUUUCAUUAGGGCGUAUCUCUAAUCAAAAUCUUGAAAAUUAUACACAUGCUGUGUUCAUGCGAUUUCAAAAGAGGGAAGAUCUUGUAAAGUUCUAUGAGAAUCCAUUCUACUUGGGAGUAUUAAAGGAUCAUGUAACAUCUUUCUGUCAUGAAUUGACUUAUGUUGAUUAUGAAUCUCAAGUAGAAGAUGAUAUUCUUCCCAUCUUUCGAAAAGGAGAGGAAUUUAACUUUGGUGUGGAGUUCAUACUUCUUAUUGCAUUUAAAGAUAGCUCAUUAAUGGAGGCUGCAAAUGAUGCAUUAACAUCUUUUGAAAAAUUACUGAUGGAAUUUCCUUCAUUGAUUGUUCAAUCUACAAGAGGGUUGAAUUUUAAUCAUGGAAGUAAAGACUACACUCAUGCUGUAGUGAUACGUUUUCGAUCAUCUGAUGCAUUUGACAUUUUCAUGGGGAGUUCGGAAUAUAGAGAUAUUUGGACAAGCUUCACUAAUAUUAGAAUUACUUAAGAAGGCAUUCCUGUUCAUGGAUGUUCUGCUUUUCAAGGAAAAAAAAGUCUGUAGGUGAUCUAUUAUUUUCUGCAGAUGUUAUCUUUUGUG